GAGCUAUAGAUUUCAUGAUUUGUUAGAGAAAACAUUUACCCAAAACUUUUCUCAACUAUAUAUGUAGAAAAAGACAUGUAACUUGUGUGUUAACAAAAAGGCUCGAUGCAAAAAAAAAAGACGAAAAAAAGUUUAUGUAAGAAGAACAGAGUGGGGACAUAACAUGGGUAUGGAUGUGAACAUUAUAAUGAUUGAAAACGCAAGAAGCUUGUGUCGAUUUUAUUGUAUAUAUUUCUAGAAAAAUGGUGUAGAAGGUCAAAGACAAGUCACAUGUGCAAUGUGCAACAUCUUCCAAUGUACAAUCCACAAAAAGACAACAUCGAUUAAGGCAGUCUAGGUCUCUCCUCUUUCCCACACAAAUACACAUAUUACCCAUAAACAUGUCCUCUUUUGCUUUUAAUCUAAGCGAUCCUUGGUUUUCAAAUGUAAUCAAAGAAAAAAUGUAACAAAGUUACCUGCAUUAAACAAAAGAAGCAAGUAAUGAAAUGAUGAGGAGGAACUAAAUGAAAAGUAAAUGUGAACAAGUCUGUGUAUUGUGUGUGAGAAGAGGUAACUUGGCGCCAUUGAUCUUUUGGAAUAUGCUUAGCAAAGCAGAUUUGAUUUUCAGCACACAAAAGGUGAAUUUAAUGUGGGUUGCUUCAAUUUUAAGCAAACGUUUAUUGAUUCAACCAAGACUUAAUCAGCACCCAGAUCACAUAGAAGUAUAAACAAUCAUUUAGGCAUGUAUAUAACUAUAUUAUCUAGGCAUAUAACUACAUUGUGAGAAUUAAUAAAGUAAAUGAACAAACUUUUUGUUUACAAAAAAUACUUGGCUGGAGUGCUAUUUCCCUAAUAUCAUGUUAUAUAGAAUAAACAUGAUGUUUUUUGUUCAAAUGAUGUUUUUAGGAAAAUAUAAUUCGUUUCCGUGUUCUUGCAAACACAACGUCAUUUACAUAAUUCAAUAGAUGGUCGUGGUUGUCUAGCACAACACCCUAAAAAACACCGAACUUAAGAAGUAAAAUAGCAUUUAAAAAUGAUUAUUGCUAGUGCAAUUAGAGAAAGAUUAAAGGGAAGUAGAUCUGUCGUUGAUUUUGAAGAGGCCCACUAACAGAGUAGUUUGGGUGAAGCUUUGUUACUGAGAGCUACUUGAACUCAAUAAACAUAGCAUGGGCCUUAUAGAAAUGAAAAUAUUGGGCUUAUAAUGAACAAAAACAGGCAUUUGUAAAGGUGUGUAUAAAUCCAAUAAGAAAAAGAAAGGCAAUGAUGAGAACUGAGAAAAAAGAGUGUGAUAGAAUAUGGAAAGAAUAAACUAUAGAGUUGGAGAAACAUAGAAGCCUUUCCUUGUUUGGCAAAUUCAUCUUGGAACUUGACCCUGUUUCUUCUUUGGCAUCCAUCACAACAACAAGGUACUAUCAUAUCAUAUCAAUCAAACAAACACCUCAUUAGUAACAACAUUAAAUAAAAAAAAGUGUUGAUAACGAUUUCAAAUUCUUUAAUGAGCUCAAAAGUUAGAGGUGUGUUCACUCGUGUAUGUGUACUGCACAGAGCUCACAACUGUCUAGUCAGAACGUGUCGUUACCAAAUGAUCUCUCUUAGCAGGAUGUAACAGUCCAAACACAAAAAGCAACCAAUCUCCUCUUUUCUAAAUUUAUCUUUUCUUUUUAAUUUGAAGCUAUAUAUUUAUUUAUUUUUUCUCAUUAUUUUCACAGGACAAUUAAACGAUUUUAAAGUUAAAGAACGAUUAGCAACACGCGCUCACAGUUCACCUUAUCCAAUUAAACGAUUUUGUUGUACUGUCUCCUCAUCUCAAUACUACUCCUUCAACGACGCUACAAAUUAAUUUUCUUUAUUUUUGUUAAAACCUAUAUACUAAUGUUAUUUCUUUGCUCAUAAUGUAACUUGGAAAAAAAUGUAACUUGGAGAGAAAGUACUAUGUAUCUAAUAACCUAUAUAUUAGAUGCAUCCCAUGCAUAUAUGGAUGGAGCAAAAAGGAUUACUCGGGAUCUGUGAAAUUAGUUAGAGAGAGAGAGAGAAGAAACUGAGGGCAAAAGCGUAAUAUUGAAAGCAGAUAUUCUCUGCAACAAACGAUGCAAACAAACAAAGAUGAGACAGCUUAAACCCUUCCAUAAAACCCCCAUCAACCUCACUCACACACACAGUUUAUACUGCCAUCAUCAUCUCUCUCUAGCUAGCUAAUUGAAAAUGGCAGAGCCACCGCCGUCGUCUCUCCAUCAUUUCGUGGGUCCUUCAUCAAAACAUCGAUCAUCAUGGAACAAGAAACACUCCUUCGGAGCUCAACAUCCGACCAUCCACCGUCUCUUCCCGUGCCAGUACUGUCCACGCAAGUUCUACACCUCCCAAGCUCUCGGCGGUCACCAGAACGCACACAAACGCGAACGCGCCGCUGCUCGUCGCAACCUCGGCGUUGUUUCUGAUCAUGCUCCAAACACCCUCGACGACGCCACUUUCCUUCUUCCCUACCCAUGCAAUCUUUACCCUAACCCACCUCAAGUAUCGGCAUGGAGCGUACCUGAUCAGCAGACGACGACUAUGGUGAGUGGGUACGACCCGUAUCCGUAUCCGUAUCCUUAUGGGCAUACGUUUGAGGUUUCUGGCGUCAUGGAAGAAGAAGAAGACGAGCCACAGCUGGAUCUUUCUCUCCAUCUCUGAGUGCUUUUCUGUUUAGUUUGUUUUGUCUUUGUUCAGGUCUCUUUUAAGUACAACUUUGGAUCUAUGUAUCUUGCCUUCUCUCUCUUUUUGUGUUCAGCAGCCCUUACUUUUUAAGAUUAACUAGCUGCCUGCUACCUUUUUGAUAAACGAUUCGUUUCGGUUUUAGUUUAUAAUCUAGCAGUCUCUUUGCUAAAUUGAAUACUUUUUUAUCUUUAUGGAUGAUCCAUUAAUUGCGAUGAUAGAAUCUGAAUUUUCUCCA